GUCAUUAAAACAGACCAGAAGUCUGAUGAUGAACCAGAAAAACAGCGCAGAUUCCAGCUGUCUUCCCUUAACCCCCAAGAGCGCAUUGAUUAUUCCCAUUUAAUUGAAGAGCUGGGCGGGGUGGUGCUUGAGAAACAGUGCUUUGACCCUCGCUGUACACACACCGUUGUGGGAAGCCCCCUUCGCAAUGAGAAAUUCUUGGCAUCCAUGGCAGCUGGAAAGUGGGUGCUCCAUCGCUCCUACCUGGAGGCAUGUAGGACAGCACG